AUGUCAACCGAUGGAGAGAGAGUUGAUAAUCAUACCUCAUAUUUUUCCCUUACGAAACCACUCGUUGCAAGUGAGUGGCAAUUUUUAGCUGAAGGUUCAGCUCACGUGGUGCUUCGAUAUUGUGGAAGGAAUCCAAAACUCGCGUUCAAAAUUUUAAGACUGCGCAAGGUCGAUAAUUUGCAUCUUGCGUGUCACAAGGAUAACAUAGUCGAGCGGCUUCAGGUUACUGACAAGCUUCUCUGGAGUUGUCAUAGUCGCUUGAGCUCGACGAAAGUGACCUCCGCAGAGUUUUCCGAGGAAUAUGUGGACUCAAUACUACGCCCACUGGUCGGAGAUAACUUGACUUAUCCCAGCGAUUCGAUAAACAUAGAUGUUGACUUUCUUUCUGCGACUGCUGUUGCCAUAGCACCCAUGCGAGACCUGUGUCGUGUUCGGAAUUCGGAAAUUGAUUUCCAAGCGAAAUUUGCAGUCCUUCACCAGAAUCACAACCUUUUUCCUGGAUCUUCAGCAUUGCGUGCCGCGUGCCGUCCUACCUUUUCAGUGGAACUGAAACCUAAAUCGUGCCUUGCGAACACCGCCGAUUGCUUCGGUAACUUGCGCUUCCAGCUGCACCAAGCAAUCAAGGUAUCAACAGGCAGGGAACGGCGAUUUAGCAGGUAUGAUCCUGCUGGGCUAUUUUUCGGUACUACUUCCGGUGAGCGCCCACGCGAAAGUCGCUUCAUGUGGCAGGGUGUAGUCGCAUGUCGAAUUAGACUAAGGCGUACACUUCUAUCGCUCGUUGCUGAUCCACAGAAUAAUUUCUGUGUACGGAGAGACGAUAACAAAAAAUAUUUGCCACUUGAAACAUACCCACCACCUGAUACUUGUGAAAGCAAAAGUGAAAGUGCUCGCAAUUAUUUUGUAAAAGUAGGUUCCGUGCUCCAGCUUAGCAGUCUUGCACAGUUACUGCGUCUUGAUUUCUGCCCAUUGGUUUUGGGCGUCGAGAGGUUCUCAAAAGAGGCAGCAACAAUAGAUUGUUUCCUGAAUGUUCUCAUAACUGCACUUGAACAUUCUGAAGUUCUUUCAAGAGUGAUGGCACUUCAGCGCAUGGACAGAAUAGGCAUUCAAUUGGCUAACGUUCUCGCAGCAAAAUUGAUACGACAUCUUUUGACAGGAAACGAAAGAUCUCCUGGAGAGCUGAAGGCCAAGAAUGUAUUUGACAGAAAGAGUGGAACUGUGAGUUCACAACAGUUGCUGCGCGAUCUCAUAGUUUCCCGUACUGCUACAGAUUGCUCCGUGAUAAUUGCUCUGCAACCGCAGCAGUAUUCUGGUCUUCCUUUCUUGAGUCAAGGGGAGAUGCUACUCAAUAUUCGUGGUCCUCGCAAGCAAGCUGAAUCUCGUGAGAAAGUUAUCCGAGACUGUCAUAUCUACAGGUGCCACACAGCAGUCGUUGAUCUUGACAUGAAAUCGAUAUUCAAGCUUCAAGAGUGGCUGGUUCAAGACACUGAGAUCAGGGCCAACUACAACGUGAGGGCAAGGUCUAGUGCUUCUCGAUAUUGACAAUUAAUUGUUCCAAGCGUCAUUGAGCGUGAAGCCAAUUUUGUAAUGAAAUUUUACCACUACACAAAAGCAUAUAAACAGGUCGGUAUGAACCUUUGCCGCUAAAAAGCAAGCAUACGCGGACAAUCUCUCUUGCAUAGCAUCCUGGUCGAUCUCUCUCGCUUGCAUGUUCCGCUGAAGUGUGAUAUGUCUCAGGACAUCCCUAACGACGGCAUAUUAUUGUUGCCAAGGGCACCACUAUGCCGUCCUGCUCUCAGUUCAUUUCGUACGCGCCGUCGCUGCGCGGAUCGAUUUGAAACUUCGUCACGAUGAUGUCCAUUACAAAGCUGAUGCGCUCACAAAGUUUCGCGAGUUUUGGAGGCCUGGAAGACGGUUU